AUGUACCUUCCGGGCUUCCGUAGUAACACGGGGGAGGAGGGGGUUGGGGAGGGGGGAUCGCAGAUGUACUUAAAACACCUCCAGUUAAAGCCGCGCGCGGAGGUAUUUCACAUUUCUGUUGUUGUUGUUUGUGUGUAAAUUGUGGUGUUCUUCGUUAAUUAUACAAAUUCUUCCUUUGGUAUAAAUUUCCCCGCUGGGAAUUGAUCUCAGGAGUUGAAUUCCAUGGUUUAGGGAUUUUUCUCAGCAUUUUAUUUUGUAUUGUAAACAAACACAAGCCCGGCUAUUAGCUUAGCAACCGACUCAUGCUAGCUCACUCAGCUCACCUUCCUGUAUUUUAUUUUCUUAAACAUUUAUUUAUUGCGUGUUUUUUGUCAUUUAAAAACGUCCAGGUCUGUCUAUAUUAGUCAGGAUUAUAAAUGUACAACAUGCUGCCUUUUUGAGAGCACCGAAUUUAUACGUUCAUUUAAAAAAAUUCUUUUUAAUAAAAUAAAAAAAUACGAGUUUAACGUUUAAUAUAUCUCGUAUAUAAUGUGUGGAGAUUUAGAAGAAGGUCAAACUGGUGUGAAGAGCUAAAUAUUUUUUUUUUUAUGAAAGUCAUAUUUUUUUUUUUUUUGAAGAUUAAACCUCUUGAUGCAUGCAUUACUUAUACAUGUAUCCAGAUUCUUUAGUUAUGGUCUUUUUUUCUUUUCUUUUCUUUUUAAAAAAAAAAAAAAAAUUUAUGACGAAGAAAAAAAUUGAAUCAAAUAUUGAAAAGUAAAUGAAUGAGGCUGAAAUACUAUGCCUGGAAAUAAUAAUAAUAAUAAUAAUAAUAAUAAAUAAUAAUAAUAAUAAUAAUAAUUAUUAUUAUUAUUAUAAAUGUCCAAAACAUGCAGGUCUAAAAUGAGAUUUAUUUAUUUAUUUAUUUAUUUAUUUAUUUAAAAUAGUAUUUUUAUAUAAUGUGUGUGUGUGUGUGUGUGUGUAUAAUAUAAAAUGUAUGCAGUUUAGGACUGAUGUAUGAUGUAAAGAGGUUAAAAAUCAAAAAAAAAAAAUUUAAGAUGUUCUCAUUUUUAAAAAAUUUUUUUUUUACGUUUUCUUUCACUUUAUUUUUUUUUUAAAAUAAAACGUUUAAAUUUAAUGUAGAUGGUUGCUAAAACGAUAAAUAGUCUAGAGAGCUAUGGCAGUUUAUUUACGUUGAUGAUGAUCUUCCGUUUUAUAUUUAACUUUUAUAUCGAAGCAAGCCGUAAACGAUCGGCUCGACGUGAACGUUAAGAGGUUUUAUCCGUUGCGCCGCUGCUGCUGCGAGGUGAUUUUCGAGGAUCGCGUAAAUGAGGUGGUGUGCAGGUGUUCUUAUUAAAGUGGACGGUAAGUGUAAUGGGUAGGCAGUGGAUGGUCGGUUCUCGAAGUCGAUGUGUCGCAAGCAGGAAUAACGGCCACGCGUAACGAGUUUGACGAGGGCCGAGUUGAGAUGGCUGUACGACUGGGUCCGGGCGUCUCCGAAACGGCGGGUCUCGUGGGGCGUUCGGAGUUUGCGGUGCAAGAGACAAUGAGCGAGACUGCCAAGGACAAGGGCGCCGUCUCUACUAAAGAGAAGGGCGGAGCGGAGAAGAGAGGCAGAGGCAGACCUCGAAAGAACCCACAGCAGGAGCCCAGUGGUUCCCCGACGCCGAAGAGGCCCCGAGGACGACCAAAGGGAAGCAAAAACAAGUCGAGCUCUUCAGCAUCUAAAGGCAAAAAAGCAGCUGCUGCGACGGCGUCUGCAGGGGGAAAACGCAGAGGAAGACCCAAGAAAGCAGAGAAGGAAGAGCAGCCAUCCAAGUCGUCUGAGGAGGAGGAGGACGAGGAGGAGGAGGAGGAAGAAGAGGAGGAACAGUAGAUCAGCAAAUCAGCGCUACCUCAUAACUCGAUCUCGUCACUUCCCGUUUAAACAAACAAAACAGCUGGACUUUUUUUUUUUUUUUUUGCAACCUCGCAAAAAAAAAAUACACAAAACCCAAAAACUCUCGCUCAUCCUCCAUCAGCACAGCCCACUACAGUGCAUCUCUCUCUCUCUCUCUCUCUCUCUCACCCACCCACCACUGGAAAACAAACAGACUCUCAAAUACUGUAUGUGUGUGUGUACAUGCGUUGUAGUCUGUGCAUAUCUGCUCUCCGGUCACGUGUCAUUAUACUGGACAAAGAUUUCCUCUGAUGCAGGUUUCAGGUCUUUUUUUUUUUUUUUUUUUUUUUUUCCCUUCUUCUCUCGUCUUGCUUUUAACGCAGACUUUCAGAUGUUCACACGUUCUCUGGACAAAGGUGAAUCAACCUACUUUUAUUGUUUGUGUGUGUUUGUAAAGGGAGGGGUCAGUACUUUACUUUUGGCUUCCAGGUUUUUUUUUUUUUUUUUUUAUAAAGCUAUACAUUGGUGGAGAGGGUCGGUGUAGGGGUGUGUGUGUGUGUGUGUGUGUAGGUGUGUGAGCGUAAUAGACAGCAAUUCACCGUGACACCUCGUCAAUCCGUUUUUAUCUCUUCUUAAAUCUGCGACUUUUACUCCUGACUCGGUUCGUUUUCAGAAAGAUUUUAAAUGUUUUGAAGAGGACAAAAAAAACAAAACAGGUGUGGCGUUAGACUGUGCUUCUCGAUCACUGUUUAAAAAAAAAAAAAAAAUUAUGAAAAGAUACGUUUGUUUUUUUUUUGUUAUCCCGUCGUCUGGAGAUCGCAAGAUCUUAUGAAAACAUGCCGUGGAGCUAAACCGUCGUCUAGGAAGUGCAGGUUCUGUGCGAUUUUCCAUCCCAGAAUAUUCCCAAAAUUCCUUAAUUAUUGAGACGGUUAGUACGGAUGCACAAUCCUUUUUUUUUUUUUUCUUACAUUAGUUGAAAAUUAAAAUUAACGGCCAACCAGCUUCGGUUUUGGAAAAUGAAAUAAAAUAAAACGAACCGUGGGAAAUGGUUUCUGUGCAUGUUUCGUACUCUGGUGUUGCAUCUACAUUUAAAAAAAACGAAUGGCUUUCUCUGGACUUGUGUAGAAUACAGACGUGAGACGAGUGGAUUGGUUUUAUUCCGUUUUUUCUCUUCUCCACAGGAUGGCGCUGUUUGCUACUGUUCAGCCUGGUUUAUGAUUUCAGUUUUUUUUUUCUCUCUCUUUCUCUCUUCUGGUUCUGUUUUUCAUGUGGGAUUUUUAUUUUAUUUUAUUUUAAUUUUUUUUUGUGAUGUUGUAUUUUAUUUUUUACAAAACUCCGAGUCAGGGAACGCCGAUCGGUCCAGCGACUGAGUUUCUCAGAACUGUAAUGCUGCUACAAACACGGUUUAAAAAACAAAAAAAAAAACAACAAAAAAAAAAAACCACAAACCCAGAAUACUGCAAAGUCACACUCGUACCUCACUCUGUAUCAGUUUAGGACAGGUUACUGUUUAAAAUAAAAACCCACAACCUUCAGCUGCUCCCGGUGCAGCCUCUGUCUGGCAAGAGUGUGAGCAAACUUCUAUUUUUAUUAUUUUUUUUUUUUUGGAUUUAUCAAUGUUUUCCUUUCUUUCUUUCUUUCUUUUUUUUUUUUUUUUUUUUUUUUUUUGCAGUUCGGUUUGUCUUUGAGUUAGGUUUGUUUUGUGUGUGAGACUAACAGAACUUUUUUUCUAGGUUUUUAGAGAACCGUUCAUAACGGUGUACACUUCAGUGCAAAGCAUUAAAUGUUUUCAAGGUGUUUAUUUCCUUUCUUCUUUUUUUUUUUUUUUUUUUUUUUCUUUUUCUUCUCUCUUUUUCCUCAUACGUGAGACUGUAGACGCGCCAUAGAAACGACUGCGUUGGGACAGAGAGAGGAAAUGCUGUCGGGUUUUUUUUUUUUUUUUCUUGCAAAAUGUUCACCCACUGUGGUAUGUGUGUGCAGGGGUGUGUGUGUGUGUGUGUGUGUGUGUGUGUGUGUGUGGACAGACAGAAUAGUUCCCCAACAUGAAAAUAAUUCACAACUCAGUCCUAACCCUGCUGAUUUGUUCACCAAAUUAAUAAAUAAAACGAAUUGGAAUUGUGGGAAAAGAUCUAUUUAGAUGUCAGUGUAUCAUUUUACUGUCCAUAUCAAAUCUUUUUAUUUAUUUUAUUAUUAUUUUUUUUUUUUAAUAUAUAUAUGAAUCCUCAGAUUUGAUGAGGAUCUGUACAAGUUUCAGUACAUCGUAUCGUCAGUUCAUCACCAACAUCCUGCUUUAACCUCAGCGUCCUCCUCGGUUCCAUUUCCUCAUUUAAACUUUGGUACUUUUGGUUUAUAAAUACUGACGUUUUUCAGUGUGUGUGUGUGUGUGAGAGAGAGAGAGAAGAGUGAGUGUUGUGCCUGCACACAGUUAACUGGUUUGGGAUCAGUCUUUAAAAUGUACAAACUUUUUUUUUUUUUUUCUUUUUUUUAAUUGUGGCCUGCAAGUAUUCGUAUUCAGACUGGUAAUAAAGGUAAUGAUUCCUACACUUUCCUCCGCUCUGAAGUCUGUCUUUUAAAGCCGUUCUUUCCACAACCUUCGUGAUGGGAUGAUCUAGAACUUUUUUGGUUCUAAAUUUGGUCCAUCAAGCUUUUUACACCAUUUUCCUUUCCUUUAUUCUUUCAGAACCGUUUGUUAUACCUGCAGCCAUCAGCCAGAACAUCGUGACCACUGACGGCUGGGAGCAGACAGGAGCUCUUUUUCGCUGGCAGGAAAAGAUGAGUAAGUUGAGGAGUAGUGCAGGGAGUACAUGAUAGUGUUUUAAGGUCUUCGUGGAGCUGGCACGUAGAGCUGAACAGCAUUGUAUGGAUUUAUAGCAUUUAAAGUGUUGCACACAUCAUCUGCGUUACACAAACUGCCUCAUCUGGGCAAAGUGAGACACCACACCCCACCACACCCUUCCUGAAAUUCGAUGUAUAAUUCGAACACUGGUUAGUACCUACUCAGAGUGCUCCAAGGAAGGAGAACCGGAGACAGGGUCAUGGGCGUACAAGGCUCAGUGACGUGUGCGUGAGGAGAGAAGGCCCGAGCGUCUGGUCCGAUCCCACAGAAGAUCUACUGUAGCACAAAUUUCUGAUAAAGUUCAUGCUGGUUCUGAUGGAAAGGAGUCAGAACACAGAGCGUCACAGCUUGCUGUGCCCAUGCUGACCCCCGGUACACCACUGAAACUCCUACAGUGGGCGUCAGAACCGGACCAUGGAGCAACGGAAGAUGGUGGACUGGUCUGAUGAAUCAGGUUUUCUUUUACAUCACGUGGACUUACCUGGAAAAGCGAUGACACCCAGGAUGCACUAUGGGAAGAAGGCGAGCUGGUGGAGGAAGUCUGAUGCUUUGGGAAACCUUGGAUCCUGGCAUUCAUGUGGAAGUUACUUUUGAGACGUACCACCUACCUAAACGCUGUUUCAGACCGAGUACACACCUUCCUGGGAACGGUGUUCCCUAACGGCGGUGUCCUCUUUCAGCAGGAUGACGCUCCCUGACACACUACACCUGGUCAGGAACGGUUUGAGGAACAUUCGACAUCGACCUCCAAAUUCCCCAGACCUCAAUCCGCUCGAGCGUCUGUGGGAUGUCCCGGACCAACGAGUCCGAAGAACCCCCGGAGACCCGCCGUUACAGGACUUAAAGGAUCUGCUGCUAACGUCUUCGUGCCCGCCUCUUUAAUAUAAUUACACAGAAUUGAACUCUUCAGUACAUUUUUUUUAAAGCACACGUUUGUUUCCUCACACUGUCUUCAGGUCUGUUUAGAGAAGAAAACCCCGGGCUGAGUUUAGUUCCAGGAUUGUCUUCCGUUCCUUUUUAGGCAAAUUUCCGUGAAACAGGAGUUAAAGGGGCGGAGCUUACUUCACUAAACCUCACCGGUUUGUCUGUAGAAACCUGUUUCGCCAACAAGAGCUCACUAAAAGCGUGUGUAUCGUUUACGGAGGUGUGGCAUGACUGGAAAAGCGGAACGCGUUAUGCUACGCUUUUGUUUUUAUCCGAGUGAAAAGUCAGAAAUGUGGCGGGGGUGUGUUUUGCACACACACACAGACACUUCUAACUUCUGAUCAGAGGUCUGUGAGUCCCAGGACUGUCAGAGAAAGUCUCUUAACCCUCAUCUGCUCUCUUGUGCGCUUUGGUUUCGGGCACGU